AGUCCUUUUCCGGGCCUGCCAGGGGCGCCCACGUCAGCGGAGAGGCCCAGACAGUCGCCACGCUCUCGGAGGAAGAUGAAGAAGACUUGCUUGAUGUCACACAGCCAGGAGUCAUCUGAGUUGGGGCUUUGAACCCAGCCAGUGAGAUGCCAAAAUCCGUGAUGCUCAUAACCCAGGUUGGAGAGACGCCUGGCACCGGCCGUCAGGAACCUGCCGCUGACCUUGGCUCUCCUCACCUGCUGGGCAGACUUAAGUUGAGGCCGAUGUCCUGGCCCCGAGCGGAAAUGAUAGCCCCCUUGGGGAAGCACGCCGCAGGCCGGAAAGGCCCCUGUGCAAGGCCAAACCAUCUUGCCAUUGUGUCGCUGCUGCAAACAGGAAAGUGAGAAAACAGUGAUUUGGACAGUUUGCCCAAUGUCACGGCUUCAGUGUAACACAGGGGCCUCCCCGAUUCUGACGGAAAAGGAGGCCAAGCAGCUCCUGAGGUCCAGGCGCCAGGACAGGCCGAGCAAGCCCGGGUUCCCCGACGAGCCCAUGCGGGAGUACAUGCACCACCUGCUCCGCCUGGAGCACCGCGCCGAGGAGCAGUUCCUGGAGCACUGGCUGAACCCUCACUGCAAGCCCCACUGCGACAGGAACCUGGUCCAUCCCGUGUAAGGGGCGCGGCAUCCGCUCGGGGAGCCCUUUGAUAACAUGGACCUGGAUAAUGGCGAAACAGGAGGAGGCUCCUUCUUGCAUUUAUUUUUUUUCAGCUGCGGAAACGGAUGUCCCAUCAGACCUUAUGACCCGUGGCCAUGGCAAAGGUUGCCGUGGGGAUCGAUGGCAAACGCACGUGUUGCUUCAUUUUACUCACCUGCAUCACUCACUGAGACCAACUGCUUAAAGUAGUGACCCCCC